CUCCAGGACAAGCAAGACUUCACCGUCACGUUCACCUCCUACGCCGACACAAUUGAAUUUGGUCUUCCCUCAAAGGCUCAGACCGAAGACGAACGAGAGAAUAAUGACCAUCAACCCGACAUAUCUCGCGCAACGCACGCGCCAAUCUGUCAAUUGGGCGGAUGCGUCGGCGAGAGUGCGCAUGUCGUAUCGAGAAUGGCUGCGAGCGUCCCCCGAGAUCCAGACAAUGUACUCCCUAAACAUCCCCGUCUCCGUCAUCCGCACCAAAGUUCGGCAGCAGUUUGAGAAACACCGCUAUGUCAGCCAACUGAGUGUAGUGGACGUGCUGCUCUUCCAGAGCCAUGCGGAGUUUCAGGAAACCCUCAAUUACUGGAAACAGCUCUCGCAUGUGAUGAAAUACUUCAGACCGGAGGAAGAGCCAGCGGCCAGACUGCCGCCCAACUUUAUCUCUGGUUUCUUGGAGGGACGCAACUGAACAAUCGCUCGCUGUGAUAAAAUAGAAUCUUUCGUAAUGCUUAUGGCGCAGCGACAAGAAUGUGUAUAUACUAGAAACAGUUGAUUCAAUUUCAUUUGUGGUCUAUCCAUUUUAUUAAACUAUCUUACCGGUAUUGUAACUCUAGACAAGUGAGAG